AUGAAAUCGACGAAUAGCAGUCCUAUCCUUAUCAUAGGAGCUGGUCUCUCCGGACUUGCCACUGGGCGGCUGCUCACAAACCAUGGAAUUCCUAACAUAGUCUUCGAAUCUUCCACGCCAGACCGCAGCCAGGGUUUCGCUAUUUCACUGCACGACUGGGGCUAUACGCCAUUGCUCGAGGCUCUCGGUGGGCUAUCCCUCCGGACAAUGAUCAAAGCUGUUGCACCGGACCGCCAUGUCGGUGGCAGUGGCUGGGUUGACCUCGCCAUGCGCGAUAAUAGUACCGGAAACGUACUGGUUGCGCCUGAAGCCUCCGCGCGACCGGCAGUUAUGCGGGCCAACCGCAAUGCCCUGCGAUCGUGGAUUAGCGACUGUGGUGAUCUCGAGCUAGAUGUGAGAUAUGGGCACAAGCUCAAGAGUGUUACUGGGACAGUCGGCAACGUGAAGGCCGUCUUCGAGAAUGGAUCCCAGUACCAAGGCUCUCUUAUCGUUGCUGCUGACGGUGUGUAUUCAGCUGAAGUAGUUCCCGUGGUGGUAUACCACGGUGAGUUUCAGCUGUCACGCGAAGAUUUUGACCGCUUCGUCAAGCCUAUUAGUGGUGAUUCCAAUAUCCUAGCCGGCGUUGGUGAUGGCUUUAACACGCCCAUAACCAUUUGCAACAUCACCAAGACACAGGUACACCUUGAUUGGUCAUACUCGCGGCCUGCCCGUGGCAACAAUGAUCCUCUGUUUUCCCAGACAGGCAGGACUCAGGCGCAGACAAGUCAACUUCCACAGGCACUAUUGGACGAGCUAGCAUCGCGUAAGCUUGCAGAACCUUGGUCACGCUUCAUCAACCCUGAGACCAUUAAACAACACUCUGUAUUCCAUUGGAUCAGCCGCUGUGUAUACAUGACAUCAGAGGAUGCUCGACGGGGUGCUCAACAAGGGGUUGUUUUUGUGGGGGACUCGUGGCAUGCAAUGCCCAUUUUUGGCGGCGAAGGGGGCAAUCAUGCACUUGUGGAUAGUGUUGAGUUUACGGCGGCAGUCACCAGUAACUCCGACUUGGAGAAGGCUGUGGCCGCCUAUUACGACGGCUCUAUUAGGCGAUGUCAAGAUGCCGUCAGGAGGUCAAGAUCGCGCUUUUAUGUGCUGCAUAGACCCAUGGCGGAGUGGCAGGAUAUUGCUGAAAAGAGGCGACUAAAGGCGACUCAACCGAACCAGAUUUCAACUUAA